AUGGUAUCUAUUGAUGGUUUUGUUAGUUUAUGGUAUCAUCUGGAUUUUCAGCACCCUCAGCGGAAAUUGAAACAGAGUCGUCAGAGUUUACCAAGCAGGAACUUAGUAAGUCUGAGCGACCUUUCUUCAGCUAGAGUCGUUUCUGGUGGUCGAGCAUUGAAGCUCAUCUAUGAUCUUGCCGACAAACUUGAUACCGGCGUUGGAGCAUCAAGAGCUGCUGUAGACUCUGGUUAUGUGCAUAAUGACAUGCAAGUUGGACAGACUGGAAAAAUUAUUGCACCGGAAUUGUAUAUCGCUAUUGCUAUCUCUGGUGCUACACAGCAUUUAGCUGGAAUGAAGGACAGCAAGGUAUGUAUCAAUAGCAAGUCGCUGCUAUUACGGUUGAGGAUUAACAAGAAUCCCGAUGGGCCAAUCUUCCAGGUGUCUGAUUUUGGUUUGAAGGCAGAUCUAUUCAAGGCCGUUCCAGAGAUGAUUGCAGCUUUAUGA